UUUCCAGACUGUCAGUUUAGGCCGCGCACAAUGUGGUGCUUUCUGACAGUUGGUUGCGUGCGGCGCUGCUGUGGAAAGUGGCUGCGCUAAGGAAGGGGCUGUUCUUCCGGUGCGAGGAGGAGUCGGACUGUGCUGCUGCUGCUGCCAGAGGAUUGUAUCAGUGCUGCUGCUUCUGCUGUUGCUAGAGCCCCGCACUGCCUGCAAAUGGUUUCCUUGCGCUCCAAGCUGCUGUGUCUCCUCUUGUUGCUCCUGGUGUCGGGCACAUUGGGAGCCCAGGCCAAUAGGAACCGCGGCCAUGACAAACAGAACAAUUCCUUCCGCAAGGCUGCUACCGGCUUCUACCAGACCAUCAACAAUGUCUUCGGGGAAGAGAACGUGCGAGCCGUCCAAAAGUUCUUCUCCCGACUAACAGAGAGGUUUGUGUAUGGAGUAGAUGUAUUAGUAGAGACACUCUGGAGGAUAUGGACGGAUCUCCUAGAUGUUCUUGGAAUUGAUGCUUCCAAUCUGACACACUACUUCAGUCCUGCAGCAGUUGCCAAUAACCCUACUAGAGUCCUCAUGCUGGUCGUCGCCAUCCUCCUUGCCUACUGGUUUGCAUCCCUGCUGCUGGGAUUUUUCUUUUAUAUCCUACACGUUAUGUUUGGGCGAUUUUUCUGGCUUGUCCGCGUCUCUCUGUUUGCACUGUCAUGCAUUUAUAUAUUACAGAAGUAUGAAGGGGAACCUGAAAAUGCAAUGAUCCCUCUGUGCUUUGUGGUGGCUGUUUAUUUUAUGACAGGGCCUGUUGGACUUUACUGGAGGAGAAGCAGCACUAACAACCUUGAAGAUAAGAUUGAUCGUCUAGAUAACCAAAUUCGGCUUCUAAAUAUCCGUCUUACAAGAGUGAUAGAGAGCCUGGACAGAGCCAGUGAGCAGUAGCCAUUUGGUCUUCAAAACUUCAAAACACCAGCUUUUUUUGAAAGGGAAAAGCACUGUUUUUUUUUUGUCAAAAUAUUCAUAAAGUGGUAGCUAUGGUAGUAUUGUAUGUAGUAGAAGUAUGAGGUGAGGUACAUGGUCAGGCUUCUGAAACUGGUCCCUCUGCACUGAAGUUAUUCAAAUGACAGCUACAUAAUAAACCACUUUUAUAGAUUUCUAUAAUUACACAAUGUAGUACAUAAAUGUUUUUCAAGCUCACUUUUUUAUCUGCAUUGUAUGAGUACAUCAUCAGUGAGAUCCUAUUUUAAGACAGUAACCCAAAGCUAUUGCUACCAAAUGUAUUUCUAGAGACUCUUGGGGUGGUUGGAAUUUUCCAUCUAAGGCAGGAGGUAAAGUUUCCCAAAUCUGAGUAAGAAACAGAUAAAAACAUAAUGUAUCUGUGUUAUGUAUGUGUUUAUCCAAGCAGUUCGCUGCCUAGUAUUUGUAUUAUGCUCAGUCUAUAUGAAUUUCUUCAAGCACUGCUCUGUCGAGAUCAUUGAUUAGGAUUUGUAAAAUACAUUUUGUGUUGGUUUUUAUGCCUUUUGCUCAGUACUGUGGUGUAAGGGUACACUUAGAUAAAAUGUGCUGUCAUUUGUGCUCUUUUUUCAUUUGUACAUUUAGAGUCGAUUUACAGGUCAUUGCUUAGAUGAAUCAGCAGUGGAAAUGUUACUGUAUUGUUGCUGCUUUUCUUUCUCAGGUUUACUAAGCAGCAAUAAAUUGCGUCCAUUUCCGUUUUUUUUUUUUAUGUGUGCAUUGAUAUAGAUAUACGCCUGUGAUCAUUUGUAAAAGCAAAUGCCUACUUAUUAAACUGUUAUAAUGUAUAUAGGAAGAUAUUAUUGAUUAAUGUGUGUGGUAGUUUUAGUCUGGUGAGGAGUUAAUCUAAAAUUGGUGUUUUGCCAGGGACCUCUGCGCAGUUGGAAUAAUUUACUUCACUGGUGUUGUAAACAUGAUCGAAUGAUUAAAAAUUCUAUAUUAA